UCAUAUUUAUAACGUGUAACGAAUCAGAAAAUGCUUUAUUUUAGAUCUGUUAAUGCUCUAUGUAUUUUUAUUUACCGUAAUAUUUUCUUCUUCACUCAUCCCUCAUGGCAGAAGAUUUGGUUGAAUACGAAGGCGACGAAGAGAGGAUUCAAGAAGCGAUGGCUGAAUAUGUGGUUUCUGCCCAUAACACGCUGGUUCCUAAGGUCGAGAAGAUUAUCAACGCUAGCUUUGACAAAGAGGUUUUACGAGAACAAGAAAUAGUAGAUGCAGUGGUAAAAUUGGCUGAAGAAGAAAAGUUAGAGCUUACAGGACUUUGAGUUGAGAAAGAAGAGAAGACUCUUGCAUUGGAAAGAACACACACACACACAUAUAUAUAUAUAUAUAUAUAUAUAUAUAUAUUGAAAUAGUAAUGUAGUAUCAUGCAAGGUUACAAAAUGAGCUUCUGGAAGAGAAUAACAUCUUUACAUCUUUACGUAAGCGGAAGCAGCGAAAAGGAAGAAACAAGAGUGAGAGGCGCAAUGGGUGAAUGGAGGCUAGAGAUGCUUCAUCUCUUUCUCACGUGUACCCCUAUGAGCAAAGUGAUAUCAUGUUUCUCUUUGAAGAGAUUGACGGCAGAGCCCUAUAGUGCUUAUGAUUUGCUGUUUUUCUUGAAUCGUUUUGCUAUGAAGGCCUAUGUUAUGUUUUUCUACUGAGAUAGGCAAUUAAAUGGGUGUCUGGUCAUUUAUUUGUGAAUUGAUAAAAAACAUGUAAACAAGUAGAAAUGGUGUGAAAGAUGUAUAUUCAUUUAAAUCAUAGUCUUAUCAUAUUUUUCAUCUUCGCAAAUCUGUUGAUAAGAAGCAAGCUCAACAAAAGAGAGAAAGGAUGAAUUCUCUUUUCUCCUCUCCGGUGGCACUGGCUAUACACACGGAAGCUACCAGCAACAAAAGGCUAUCAUGUUUCUAAAUGCCAAUGGCAAAUCCAGAACUGAUGGAACUCUUUCUUCUUUCUACCGGACAUGUUGAAAACAGUCACCAACAACAAACUAUAUAUUUCAAUUGCGAAUCGAACAAGGCACAAGAACAAUUAGCCAUUUUACCCAAUAUCCGAAAACCAACCUGAAUCGAAUCGAAACCCGCGCGGGUGCGCGGGUCAAACUCUAGUUAAUGGUUGUUUCAACCACUCUGCUGUUGAACGCUUUAACUUGCAAACAUGCAAACCAAAAGUAGUCAGUCCAUCUAAAUGCAUAUACAAAAUUCAAGGACAAGGGUAUGAUGAGGACAUCCAAUCCAAGAGCCACAGAGAGCGAAAGGUAUCAGGAUCAUUGCCCAUCCUUGUUCCAACAAGCCGAGUACACUCAAGCAAACCAGACCAAGACUUGGACAAACAUGUCAAAAAGAAAUUUGAUAAUCAAAAUAUUAUUCAAAAUAAAAGAAAUGGUUUGUGUAUAUAAGUUGACCUCAAAUAAAAAAAAAAUAUAAUCAAAGUCCUCAUACAUGAUGAGUGGUCUGGUACUAGAAAUUGACAAAGUCUUUUGAUAUACACAGGUAGUUGAUUGGAGACUUUGUGUUUUGUUUUCAAAUCUGUCUUGCAGGAUCUCUGAAAAAAAAACUGUGGAGGCAGAAGCUUGGGUCAAAGUCAUGUCGAUUGUUGUGGACGUUAAUAGAGUAUCAGAUGUUUCUCAAGAUGAGAAUGUCUAUGAGAGGUUGAAGAAGGUAGCUCAAGACGGGGAUAUCGAGAGACUGUACGGGUUUAUCGCUGAAGAUCCAGAAAUUCUAGGACAUUUCGAUAAAGUGCCUUUUUGUGAGACGCCACUACACAUUGCAGCUGAGAAAGGGCAAACUCAUUUCGCCAUGGAACUGAUGACCCUUAAGCCUUCUCUUGCUCUGAAGCUAAACGUGUCAGGUUAUAGCCCAAUGCAUUUAGCACUACAAGCCAACCAUAUUCGGAUGGUGAGAGGGUUUAUAGCAAUUGACAGUAGCUUAGUCAGCAUCAAGGGAAGAGGAAGGAUCACCCCUUUGCAUCACGUGGCUCAAAUAGGUGAUGCAGAGUUGUUGAGUGAGUUGUUGUUUGCUUGUCCUUCUUCCGUAGAAGAUUUGACGAUUAAGUGCGAGACAGCCUUGCACAUUGCUGUGAAGAAUCACCACUUUGAGGCAUUUAAGGUUUUAUUGGGAUGGGUUCAGAGAGUGAACAGGGAGGACAUCUUGGACUGGAAGGAUGAAGAUGGUAACACAAUCUUCCAUAUUGCUGCAUUAACAAAUCAAACUGAGGUAACAUGUCUCUCUCCUUUUAUCAAAAAUUCUUGUUCAAACACAUCGUUGAUCAUGGGCCAAGCAGGAUGAAACAUUGGUCUCAAGUCUCUCCACCCAGAAUUUUUGAAAAAAAAAUUAUAUAUAAAUAGGUUUCUAAAUAUGUAAAAAAUAAAUUUAGGCCCUUAAAUUAUUGAAAUCCUUGUUGAACCGUCUAUAACCUUCGAAAUCUCAAGGCCGGCCAUCAUACAUAUUUCUCUUUGUACAUGAAAAUGGAUAAGAUCUGCUCUCAUCUAGU